AUGUCGAUACUAGCAUUCAUCAAGAACAGCUUCGGCAAGCGCUCGCGCGACCCCGACAAAGAGCCGCAGGACGAACCUGCUCCAAUCCAUGUUACAGUCACUGCGGAUUCAUACGUCCUAGCACCGCGUCGCCGCUCUGUACGUCUGAUGAAACAGGCAGUCCUCAGAAAUACCACUAAUCAGGAGCCCCAGUCACCGCCUGGAAGAUUUCCUGGAACGGACAACUACGCCCCCAAGGGUGUGACCACGACUUCCGACGAGCGCAAGAAGGUGAAGCCUGCGUCAAAGGCUGUCCGAGGUCUCACUUCAGGCAUUGUGAUCACGUCGACCGAAAACACUUCUGCGCCUACCCCGCCCGAGACAAACUCGAGUUCCAAGCUUAGCCCGAUUGCACUCACUACACGGGAUGCGGCACAAGAUAUACGACUUUCUGGAAGACGACGAGUUGCGAUUCCGUCAACAAGAGACGUCAAAACCAAGGCAAAGAUCGAGACGGCUACACACCAGCCUUUUCUAGACCGCCGUCAAAGCUAUCCGAAUCAUCCAAACACGCCAACCAUGAACACUGGCGAACGCCGUGCCCGAAAGAACGCUCAACGUGGCGCUGUCCGCCAGCAGUUCUCCACUCCAACACUUUCAUGUACUAUGCCACUGAAAGAUCUACUUGCAGAUCCAAAUUCUCCGAUUGCAAAGGCACACAAGGCCCUGAAACAAGCACAUGUAAAGCGAAUCAGUAUCGACGAGGAAGUUGCACGCCUACGUAGGUCGCCAAGGAACAAUGUCUUUUCUCGAUGUCAGCCCAAUGAGCAAGAGAAACUAGCCAUGAAGCCGAAAGCACGCAUUGGACUGGCGGCUGAUACCUCGACAUUAGUGGAGAGUGGGCCAAACAUUGAGGUUAUCGCCCUAGGCGGCCGUGACAGUACCGAGAGCAAAGACAACCCUUCCCUCUCUCAACCCAGCAGUGAUGUAGAACACCAAUCCGCCUCUUCGGUGUCGCCCAACGAAGGCAGCGACGGGAAUUCAACCACCACCCCGUACUCCUCCACUAGGAGUAGUCCCUCCCGUAUCAAUCAAGACGUAGCAAGUGCCAUGACCGAGAUGUCUACCCACUUCGCUACACAAAAUCAGGCACUUUCUAAGAACUUGGCGCAGGUGUCUGAGGCCCUUGCGCUCACAAAUGCUAAGAAUCUGGAGGCUCAACGAUUGAUCACGCAGCUCGCCACCCGACCGCCAUCAUCCCCAGCACAGUCUCAGCCACUCAUCGACCCGGCGGCGCUCGAACAGGCCAUCGAGCGCAAGGUCGAUGAACACUACGAAUCAAAGUUGAGUGGGCUAUGGGCGUCGCAAAAACAGCGGCUGGUCCGCUCUACUCCUCUUCAACGGGACUACUUUGACCCACGGAGCGCGCUUCGCAAGAAUCGAGCAGUUCUGCCAGUGGAGAAGACUCGCUCCAUCCUAGAGGCGCAUGAGGUGCAGUAUCGCUAUGAAAUCGAGGAGUGUCCACUUCAAAAGUUACUAGGACUUCCAAGAGUUGCGAAACAGGAGUCAUCGUUCUAUGCCUCGAUGAAGAACAGCAAGGAGGACUAUCCUACCAUCGCCGCGCCGUCGGUAUUCGACCGUCCAGUGACGCCGAUGGGAAACGGCUGGGCAGACUUCCAGACCUCAGUCUCCGCACGUCGGCCCUCUCAAGAUAUGGAGCUUGAGGGUACCGGUGCACCUGCACUUCUCCACACCUGGAAACCAAACCAGGGCAUUGUGUUCAGCCAGCCUGUGCACUUACCAGAUAAAACCCAACAGCCACUCUUUGGAGCGCCAUGGCCGCGAUCCACUGCUCCGCCAAUCAACCACGCCCAGCAGGCCGCUCUAGACGCCAAUCUCGAUGAGGUUCUCAGGAGAGAACCUAGGAAUGCCGGUAUACAAGACUUCACGAACCCUCAGCAACAGAAUGAGCUACCCAAAAUCUCACAUGGUACUUAUCUUGCGGCAUUCGACCGGUUCCUUAGAGACAACCCAAGAGAAUCACCUUGGCCUAAUUCCGAUAUUUCUCAGCAAUUGGGUUUCGAUGAUUCUCUAGAGGAGGAAGCAAGAAACCCACCUUGGCGUGGCUACAGCAACAAUGGCGCUCCUCGCAAUAACCAUUACGACACGGCACCUCCUCGUAACAACUAUUUUGCCCCCGGCCCUACUCUCAGCAAUCACUAUAACAGUGGGGUACCCAGGGGUAUGAGCGGAAGCCAGAAUGGUGGAGGAUUUGGCAAUAGAGGAUUUGGAAACGGAUAUCAGAUGGAUGGAUCUGCAUCACCGACGCAGGAUACUAUUACGGAACAGCAUCAGCAACAAACACCUCGAAGUGUAAUAGACGGGGACAGAACUUUCCACGUUCUUACUGAUGAGGAUUUGGUAGAAGAGAUGCUCUGA